AUUGAAGCUCACCGCGCGGUGGCACCGUGCGUCAGCCCCCUCCGUGCGCAUCACCGUCUGCGAUCCGCUGCUCAUAUGAUGCUCGAGAUCUUUAGAGCUUCAUACCGACGGGCCGGUUCCUUCGCGACAUACACCGAUCACAAUUUUUCUUUUACGCAUUCUGUUUCCAACACGCACCGGGAAGCUUUGGGCACAGCAUGGUUCGUUUGGACCAAACGGCACCGUGGCGCGGUAAAACGGGAUUUGGAAAGUUACUUAUGCCGAUUGAAGCUUGUUCUGCGUCUGAGCGGACUCUGUGAACGACACGCGUAUUGGGGAUAACGACGCGCAGAGCGAGACAGGAAGAAAAUAACUUUUAGUUGAUUGGAUUGAAAGAAAGACGUGAAUUUGUACAUGAAAGCGAAUGAGUGAAUGUGACUAUAGACGACUAUUUAUCAACAGAUCUUCAAAUAACCCUGCUUGCGUUCUGGAUUGGAAAUAUAUUUAAUUACUAGUAAAACAUUUGUUGAACGAAAACGCCGGUAACUGCUGUAGAACUGAGGCAGUGGAUGUAAAAACAAAAGGUCUGUUUUAUCACCGAGAAAACGAAAUCUGUGCCAAGGAGUCGGUGCGUCCAGUUUCUCUUUCUCAAAGUUUUUUUUUUCUUCAAACUCAGACUUACAAGGGAGUUUACCAAUAUUAAAGUCUUCAAUAAAAGGUGUCGGACGAAGGUUCAUUGUUUAACUGUGUCGGCACAAACCUCUCUAAAUCGCGCAAAGGCAAACCGCAAACGCUCGAGAAAAUUACGCACCGUCCAGCGCGCACAACCUUGGCAGGGCUGUGGAGAAGCAACAUGUACCCGGCGUGCCGGACAAACCUGUUCAAUAUCUUUCCAUCUGCUCGUCUGGCAAUGUUUGGGAAUUCGGAGAAACCGAGAUGGAGACCCUGUUGGAUUGUAAUUUUGCUGUCGGUGGUCCUUCAUCUGGCAUCAGCGCAAGAUGAUGUUCCACCUUACUUCAAGACAGAACCGGUACCGAGUCAAUUGCACCUGGAGAGAAAUCGGUUAGUUUUGACAUGCAUGGCCGAGGGGAGCUGGCCGCUGGAAUUUAAAUGGAUCCACAAUGACACGGAGAUCACACGGUUCUCGCUGGAAUACAGGUACUUGAUACCAUCUUUGGACAGAUCGCAUGCGGGCUUCUAUCGGUGUAUUGUGAGAAACCGAGUCGGAGCUUUGUUGCAGAGGAGAACCGAAGUACAAGUGGCAUAUAUGGGAAGUUUUGAGGAAGGUGAACGGACCCAGGCCGUAUCGCAGGGCGAGGGUGCCGUUAUUCCAGCACCACACAUACGCUGUUUCCCCCAGCCACAGGUGACGUGGUUCAGAGAUGGGCGCAAAAUCCCUCCUAGCAGUCGAAUAGCUAUCACCUUGGAUAACACACUGGUUAUCCUGUCCACCGUGGCCCCAGAUGCUGGGAGAUACUACGUACAGGCCGUCAAUGAUAAGAACGGGGAAAACAAGACGGGCCAGCCCAUAACGCUUUCUGUGGAAAAUGUCGGUGGUCCUGCAGAUCCCAUUGCUCCCACUAUUGUCAUCCCACCCAGAAACACCAGCGUCAUUUCUGGAACGUCUGAGGUCACCAUGGAGUGUGUGGCCAAUGCCAGGCCCUUAAUAAAACUGAGCAUCAGUUGGAAGAAAGAUGGUCUUCUGGUGAGAAGCGGGCUGAGUGAUUUUAACCGCAGACUGACCGUGUUGAGUCCGGUGGUCAGCGACUCUGGUUUUUAUGAGUGUGAAGCUGUUCUCCGUAGCAGCAGUGUUCCCUCUGUCAGCGCUGGAGCGUACCUGCAUGUGCUCGAACCACCACAGUUUGUGAAGGAACCGGAGAAACACAUCACAGCAGAGAUGGAGAAAGUUGUGGACAUACCCUGCCAGGCCAGAGGUGUCCCUCAGCCUGAUAUUGUAUGGUAUAAAGACGCAGUACCCAUAAGCCCUGUUAAAACCCCACGCUAUCGAGUGCUAGCAGGAGGCAGUUUGCAGGUAAACGGCCUUCUUCCUGACGACACAGGAAUGUUCCAGUGCUUCGCUCGCAACCAGGCCGGAGAGGUUCAGACCAACACGUACCUUGCUGUUACGAGUAUCGCCCCGAACAUCACAGCAGGCCCUUCUGACAGCACAGUGAUUGACGGCAUGUCAGUUAUCCUGCAUUGCGAGACCUCAGGAGCCCCCCGUCCAGCCAUCACCUGGCAGAAAGGAGAGCGCGUCCUUGCGAGCGGCUCAGUCCAGCUUCCGCGGUUCACUCUUCUGGAGUCAGGAAGUUUACUCAUCAGCCCCGCCCACUUGACGGACGCCGGUACCUACACCUGCAUGGCCAGCAACUCCCGGGGCAUAGACGAAGCCUCGGCUGACCUCGUGGUCUGGGCACGUACACGCAUCACGAAUCCUCCUCAGGACCAGAGUGUGAUCAAGGGAACGAAAGCCACCAUGACUUGCGGUGUGACGCAUGACCCAAGCGUUUCGGUCAGGUUUGUUUGGGAGAAGGAGGGUCAGGUGAUCUUCCCUCAGUCUCUGCCUCGACUGCGUCUGGAUAUUAACGGGACGCUGCACAUCUCUCAGACCUGGUCGGGUGACAUCGGCACAUACACCUGCAGAGUGACAUCAGUGGGUGGCAACGACUCCCGCAGCGCGCACCUACGCGUGAGGCAGCUACCUCACGCCCCUGAGAACCCCACAGCGUCGUUGAGCACCACAGAGAAGAGAGCCAUUAACCUGACAUGGGCCAAACCCUUCGACGGGAACAGCCCUCUCAUCCGCUACAUUCUGGAAGUGUCUGAAAACAAUGCUCCUUGGACAGUUCUGUUGGCCAACAUUGAACCAGAGUCCGCCGCCGUGACCGUCAACGGCCUGAUCCCGGCACGCUCCUAUCAGUUCCGCCUGUGUGCUGUCAACGAUGUUGGCAAGGGCCAAUUCAGCAAAGAGACUGACCGCGUGUCUCUUCCGGAGGAGCCGCCCAGCGCGCCCCCUCAGAACGUUAUAGCUAGCGGCCGCACCAACCAGUCCAUCAUGAUUCAAUGGCAGCCUCCACCAGAAAGCCAUCAGAACGGCAUCCUAAGAGGAUACAUCAUCCGGUAUCGUCUGACUGGCCUUCCUGUGGAUAUCCAGUAUAAAAAUAUCUCCAACCCCGAGGUCACAAACCUGCUGUUGGAGGAUCUCAUCAUCUGGACUAACUACGAGAUUGAGGUGGCAGCUUAUAAUGGAGCUGGGCUGGGUGUUUACUGUCAUAAGGUUACAGAGUGGACACUUCAGGGAGUACCCACCAUCGCUCCAGGCAAUGUGCAGGCAGAGCCCGUCAACUCCACCACAAUCCGUUUCACCUGGACAGCACCGAACCCGCAGUUCAUCAACGGUAUCAACCAGGGUUACAAGCUGUUGGCAUGGGAGCCGGGCAAAGAGGAUGAGAUGACGAUAGUAACAGUACGGCCAAACUUCCAGGACACCGUUCACGUGGGCCAUGUUGCGGGUUUGAAGAAAUUCUCAGAGUACUUCACCUCCGUGCUCUGUUUUACCACACCGGGAGACGGACCUCGCAGCCCACCACGACGAACACGCACACAUGAAGACACCCCUGGUGCUGUGGGUCACCUGAGCUUCACUGAAAUCCUGGACACUUCUCUUAAAGUGAGUUGGAGAGAACCAAAUGAGAAGAAUGGUCUUUUGACUGGGUAUCGUAUCUCAUGGGAGGAGUAUAACCGCACUAAUACACGGGUCACACACUACUUGCCUAAUGUUACCCUAGAGUACAGAGUUACUGGAUUGACAGCCCUCACCACGUACACCAUAGAGGUGGCUGGGAUGACCUCUAAGGGUCAAGGUCAGCUGUCAUCUUCAACCAUCUCAUCAGGUGUACCGCCAGAACUUCCCGGUCCCCCCACAAACCUGGCCAUCUCAAACAUCGGCCCUCGAUCUGUAACCCUGCAGUUCAAGCCAGGCUAUGACGGCAAGACCUCAAUUUCUCGCUGGCAGGUGGAGGCCCAGGUCGGUCUAGUGGGAGAGAAUGAAGAUUGGCUGAUGGUCCAUCAGCUGGCCAAUGAGCCUGAUGCUCGCUCUCUGGAGGUCUCUGGACUCAACCCAUAUACCUUUUAUAGGUUUCGCAUGCGUCAGGUCAACAUAGUUGGCACCAGCCCCCCCAGUCAGCCUUCCAGAAAGAUCCAAACCUUGCAGGCCCCUCCUGACAUGGCACCUGCUAAUGUUACCCUGCGAACGGCCAGCGAGACCAGCCUUUGGCUCAGAUGGGUGCCUCUGCCAGAAUGGGAGUACAAUGGGAACCCUGAUUCAGUGGGUUACCGUGUGCAGUACAGCAGGACUGGAGCUCAAUCCAAAGCCCUGCUGCAUGUCAUUGCUGACCGACUGGAGAGAGAGUUUACCAUCGAAGACCUGGAGGAGUGGACCGAGUAUGAGGUCAGGGUUCAGGCCAUCAACGGCAUUGGAGCGGGACCCUGGAGUCAGCCUGUCCGCGGCAGAACCCGCGAGUCUGUCCCCUCCUGUGGCCCCACCAAUGUCUCUGCAUUUGCCACCACCUCCAGCAGCAUCCUGGUUCGGUGGUUUGAAGUUCCCGAACCGGACCGGAAUGGACUCAUCCUGGGCUAUAAGGUGGUGUAUAAAGAGAAGGACUCAGAUGCUCCUCUUCAGUUCUGGAUGGUGGAAGGAAACGGCAGUCAUAGUGUUCAGCUGACCGGAUUGGGAAAGUACGUUCUGUAUGAGAUCCAGGUUCUCGCCUUCACUCGUAUCGGAGACGGUCGUCCCAGUUCCCCUCCGAUCCUGGAGCGAACCCUAGAUGAUGUGCCCGGGUCACCUGUGGUCAUUUUGUUUCCUGAAGUGAGGACGACCUCGGUGCGACUUAUCUGGCAACCCCCCUCUCAGCCCAACGGCAUUAUACUGGCCUAUCAGAUCACUUACCGCCUGAACUCCACCAAUAGCAACACGGCCACAUUUGACGUGCUGAACUCCAGCGCUCGGCAGUACACGGUCACCGGACUGAGACCGGAAUCCGUCUACGUGUUUCGCAUCAGAGCGCAGACACGCAAAGGCUGGGGAGAAGCGGCGGAGGCUUUGGUGGUCACCACAGAGAAGAGAGCCCGACCACAGCCCACCAGCCGUCCCACAGUGCCGCAGGAGAACGUACUGGCUCGCAGUGUGCUGCUGUCGUGGGAACCGGGCAGUGACGGUUUAUCGCCGGUACGGUACUACACAGUUCAAGUCAGAGAGCUGCCCCAGAAGAACUGGACCGUUCAUUCUGCAUCCGUUAGCCACGAGUCCAGUUCUUACAUCGUGGACAGACUGAAGCCUUUUACUUCAUAUCAGUUCAGAGUAAAAGCUACUAAUGAUAUUGGAGACAGUGACUACAGCGAUGAAAGCGAAGCCAUCACUACACUACAGGAUGCACCAGACGAAGCUCCAACCAUCCUCACCGUCACACCACACACGACAACCUCCGUUCUGAUUUGCUGGCAGCCGCCUCCUGAGGAGAAGAUUAACGGGAUCCUGCUUGGUUUCCGUAUCCGGUACCGGGAGCUCCUUUACGACCGACUCCGGAGUUUCAGUGUCCACACCAUCAACAGUGUUUCAGCUGGCUGGGCAGAUCUCACCUCUCCUUACAGCAUGCGAAACAUCAGCGACUCCUCCCUCACUCAGUAUGAGCUGAACAACCUUAUGAAACACAAGCGCUAUGAAAUCCGAAUGAGUGUGUAUAACGCUGUAGGUGAAGGUCCCACCAGCUCACCGCAGGAAGUCUUUGUGGGAGAAGCGGUUCCCACCGCCCCUCCUCAAAAUGUGGUCAUCCAAUUGGCUACUGCAACGCAGUUUGAUGUGACUUGGGACCCGCCUCCACUGGAGACCCAGAAUGGCGAUAUUCAGGGUUAUAAGAUCUUCUUUUGGGAAUAUAAGCGAAAAAAUGAGACUGAGAAACUUCGCACUCUCUUCCUUCCUGAGGGAGGGGUAAAGCUGAAGAAUCUAACAGGCUACACCACCUACAUGAUCAGCGUUGCUGCUUUCAACGCAGCUGGGGACGGACCUCGCAGCCCGCCGACCAGAGGAAGAACGCAACAAGCUGCUCCCAGUGCUCCCAGUUUCAUCCAUUUCAGUGAGCUCACCACCACCUCCGUAAAUGUCUCCUGGGGCGAGCCGGUCUUUCCUAAUGGCAUCAUCGAAGGCUACAGACUCAUCUACGAGCCCUGCAUGCCUGUUGAUGAGUCCUCAGUGGCCUGUGUCGACUGUCUUCACUCCCCCUCCCCCCCAGGCGUCAGUAAAAUCGUGACGGUGGACGUGAAGGGAAACGCACCCCUGUGGCUGAAAAUCAAAGACCUGGCUGAAGGCGUCACGUACAACUUCCGCAUCCGUGCCAAAACCUUCACUUACGGCCCAGAGGUGGAGGCCAACAUCACCACAGGACCUGGAGAAGGAGCCCCGGGCCCUCCUGGUGAACCCUUUAUCUCUCGAUAUGGCUCCGCCAUCACCAUCCACUGGGCCAAUGGGGAUCCCGGACGAGCACCUAUCACACGCUACGUUAUAGAGGCCAGACCCUCAGAUGAAGGCUUAUGGGACAUCUUAAUCAAGGACAUCCCCAAAGAAGUGACAUCAUACACCUUUAACAUGGAUAUCUUGAAACAGGGAGUCAGCUAUGACUUCCGGGUCAUCGGCGUGAAUGAUUAUGGAUACGGUUCUCCGAGUCAGCCCUCGCCAUCUAUAUCAGCUCAAAAGGUGGCUCCAUUCUAUGAGGAAUGGUGGUUUUUGGUGGUGGUGGCUCUGGUUGGCCUGAUUUUCAUCCUGCUUCUAGUUUUCAUCCUCAUCAUCAGAGGCCAAAGCAAGAAAUAUGCCAAGAAAUCAGAUUCUGGCAACAACUCCAACUGCAAUGCCCUAGCACACGGAGAGAUGGUCAGCCUGGACGAGAGCCGCUUCCCUGCCUUGGAAUUAAACAAUCGACGACUGUCCGUCAAAAAUUCUUUCUGCCGCAAAAAUGGCGUUUAUACCAGGUCUCCUCCUCGACCCAGCCCAGGUAGCCUUCACUACUCGGAUGAGGAUGUCAGCACCAAGUACAAUGACCUGAUCCCAGCGGAGAGCAGCAGUCUCACAGAGAAACCAUCUGAGAUGUCAGAUUCACAGGAGGCGCUUGUUUUCUCCUUUAAGACUGGGGGCCUUCAAACUCUUCCAACUCAAUGGGGCAGUGACAGCGAGUAUGAAGUGGACCCUAACCGACAGAAGACCCAUUCAUUCGUCAACCACUACAUCAGCGAUCCCACCUACUACAACUCCUGGCGCAGACAGCAGAAGGGCAUCUCACGAGCGCAGGCCUACAACUACACCGAAUCGGAGUCCGGAGAACCCGAACACACCGCCCCUCCACCACCUCUGCCCCCACUGCCUCCGUUCCCACCGCAGCUCAGCUCACCAACCCCUCAAAGUCAACCCCAAACUGGCAGUCUCUUCAGACCAAAGGGCAGCCGGACUCCCACACCUUCCCAGCAGAGCUCCAACCCACCCAGUCAGCACGGCACACUUUAUCGGCCCCCCAGCAGCUUGGCUCCGGGAUCCCGAGGCCAAAUCGCUGGCUUCUCCUCUUUUGUUUGAAUCAAAAUAACAAAGGCGGGAAUAUAUCUUACUUUCCCUACGGAAGAACGACGCCAAACGUCAGCCAUCGAUCUGUUGUGCUUUAUUUCUCAUUGCAAGCCGGUUAUUAUUAUUAUGUUUUGUGCUCUGAACAAAUUUAUUGUUUAUUUUUGCUUUAGUUUCUCUGCUCGCGUGUGGUUUGGCUUCUUACAAUGAAAGACAAUCAAUUGGACAGUUUUGCUUUUUGGUGCUGCUUGUGCAAACUGCAUGACUUGAUUUUAUUUUUGGUUUGUCUCUUAUUUCAUACUUUGUUUCGUUGCAUUUUGUACAAGAGUGCAACGCCAUGCGGUAUGUUACAAUGCUGGACAAAAGCACCAACACAUGAAGGAUAAAUAAAAAAUAAGCCGAAAAAAUCUCGACUGCCGGGGUGGCUAACGUCAGUGCUUGGAGAUUUUUACAGUGGUAUUUUUGUUCUCGAACAAGUGACAAAGUACCGCAGUGAUUAUGAGAGCUUACAAAGGUCAUCCUGAUCUAAGACUUAAAGACUACGCUCUGAUAAAGACCUGUUUGCACUUAGCACAUCGAGUUGGCCACAGGUCGAUGAAAAAAGGCCAAAGGCCACAUGAAGUGUUUCACCCUGAUGUGUGUUUUGAAUGUUUUUCGCAGGUGAAAUAUAGGUUGUGUUUGUAAAGUCGAGGUUAGGAGCACGAAUAUAUUUUCCCACAUGAAGCUGACAGAUCAAAGGCCAAAUAUGAAAGACUACAAGGUCUCAUUGACUAUUAUACUAUUAUACUAUUACUCUGAAUUAAGCAUUCAGAGUCAUCAGUGUUAGCGACAGGUUUGUGUGUGUGUGACUGUGGGUGACUGGGUUUGUAUGAAGAGGGCGUGGUCAUUUGUUGCUCCUUUUGAUUUGACUCUAUGAUGUCAUCCUGAGCAUCAGGUUGUACUUCCCCCUUAAAAACGGUAACAUCGUACGUAAACAUCAAAAGACACCCAUGAAUAAAGAAGAGCUCUUUUUCACAGCUGAACCGGACAUUAAAGCGUAAAUUAAAGGGAUUCGGUUUUCAACUGUAUCACACACACAUACACACUGCCAGUGAUGUCAUUUUUACUGAUAUUAUCAUAUGGUUUCUGUGAUGAUCUGGCAAGACGGGACAAACAGAUAAAAGUUUUUGAAGAUCGCGCAACCAAGCGAAUCUAUUGUGUACUUCGACCAUAUGGAUUAUUUACCACUUUGCUUUGAAGAAGCCAUUUAAAGAUACAGAAGAAAAUGGACUAAGAGACCCAACAGUGAACUACAUGGCACUUGCACAGCUUAUUUUUGUGGUUUAAUGAUGUUGUUUGCUUCUUUUCUGUGAAGUGAUUUUACUGGAUGUAUAAACAAGGUCAAUCACACGCUCAGUCUGCCUGAACACAGUAUAUACCCAAAUAAAUGGUUUUCUGCAAAAGCUAUUGGUUUGAACAUUGAUAAAUGGUCAUUUGGCCUUCUGAAAUGGAAACUUUACAUGGUAAAAGGUAAUAAUGUCUAAGGGUGUAUGUCCACCAGUGCUUUUAAACGCCAGGCAAAUGCCGACUGGGGGCACUUGGCAGCGUUUCUUCAUGCUGUGAUACUUCUGUUUUUAUCAGUCAUUGUAUGAUGCACCAGUGUGCUAUUUGUCCCGCCCCCCUCCACUGCAAUUGGACGACUGACUGAAAAGUGACAUUGAUGAGCUCAGCUAACCAUUUUUCAACUCUCGCUGGCAUUUUUUAAAAGCGCAGCGCUUCCACUGGACACAA